UCUAUUCACUAGUUAGCCUCGGGAGCUAGUGUAAGUUUAAGAUAGCAUCAACACAAUGCUGGACGACAAGGAACUUGCAACGUUGCGGAACAGAUUCAAGAGAGAUGCGGAGUUUCUUAUGCAAUCAUCGACAAAUGAAGACGACGAUGGAAAAAGUCAGGAGGAAAAAGAUGCCAAACCUCUCCCUCGCAUUAAUAGACACUCCGUUUUCUGGAUCCUGGCAUCUAUAGGUGUGACCUACUAUGCUGAUUUCUUCCGCAACAUCAUGGAGAACGACGAUAUCAAAAAUUGGUGGUUCAAUGUGGGUCUGAUACUCCUUGGGAUCUGCCUGUCUCUGGCCAUGUUUUGCAUUGUGUACCUGGAGUGGUUCAAAGGCAUCCGGCACUACGAUCAAGAGUACCCUGCCAUCCCUCCGAUCACCACUGCAGCCUUUAUAGCUGCAUCUUGCAGCUUAAACAUGGCCCUGUGGCCCGUGUGGUCCUUCUUCACUCCACUCAUCCUCUUCACACAGUUCAUGGGUGUGGUCAUGUUCAUUUCUUUGCUUGGAUGAAUGUGACGGGUGAAGAUGUUUUGGUUUUUUUUUUUAAAGAUCUGUAAUUUUUAUUUUCACAAAAUGUCUUUUUUAUUGGAUGAACAACUUUGUAUAUGGCCUCAAAUUGUGAACCUUUCUGGUGACCUUGUGUCAUUACAGAUGUAAUUUAAUGUCACAUAUUUAUUGACAUUAAUGCUUUAUACUAAGAAUUUGGACCUAACACCAUCUUGUCGACUACAAUGAUGAGUUUUCUUCUUUUAGUUUUCCUCCAUUACUUACACAUCUUUCUUAAACAGUGUUCACGUUUACUACUGCGUCGACAAACUUCCUACCUUGGUAUACAGAGAACAUAUCCUCCUUAAACCUUAGACACUCCAACAUAAAAAUCCACAGACCUUGUUAUAAGCAGUUUUAUGUAGGAGCUGUUUUCUUUCUACAGAACUACAGCCACCACCCGUAUCACAGUCCAGAGGAAAGCAUACAUUUACUGCUACUUCAUCUAGCACCACUGAGUUAACUAAUGUUACAGCUCAGCUGAGGAGGACGCCGUUAAUGUUUCCAUCUUGCACUGUCAUGAGCAUGAGCCUCUCAUUGAGAAAAAGAUGAAUGCUCUAUGAUUCGGUUGCCAGACAGAUUUCUGAUAGAAAGAAAGCUGCUGGUGCAUAGCAGACCAUUUAGCAUGUAAAGAGCCAGAUGCUUCCUUUUAAAGGGACAGGUCACCCCCAAAUUAAAAACAUAUGUUUUACCUUUACCUGGCUGUGGAUUAUCUUGAGUAACCCCAUCAUGUUUUCUGGAAAGAGACAUUGCUGUUGAGUGUUUCUGGUGCUUUAAGCAGCACAAGCCGAGUGCCAUCAUUCCAUUACAUUGGAGAGACGGCAGCCGCCUCCAUGGCUGAUAUCUCCAACACUGAGCAACUCACACUAAAACAGCCUAAAGUGAUAAAUAGCACAACAGGUGAGAUGUGUAUUUUUGAUUUUAGAGUGAAGUGUUCUAUUAAAACUCAUUCAAAGUCAACAUUUGUCUCUUGAAACUAACAUCCAUUCACGGUAUACUCAGUUCUUUACAUAUCUUACUGCACAUUCAAAAUGUGGCCAUUAAAGAUUCAGAAAGAAAAUGCUCUACAUGUACUGUGAAUAUUUAAUAUAUAGUAGAAAUUUUAAGGUCUAUAAGGUACACUGUCCAGUGACUGUAAUGGUGGUGCAGUGUCCAUUGAAAUCCCUUUCCCCCUCACCUCCACCUGCCUCACCCACAUAGAUGAGCUCCUGCUGUUCCUCAUCUACCUCAAAGUCAGUGUUCACUGAAUAUAAUAAAGGGCCAAAGAAAGGAUAUAUUAUUACAAUAAGUAAAAGUUAGAAAUGCCAUUUGUAAAAUACAUGUGAAAAUUUACCUGUAAAACACUUACUUGGGCAUAUUUUGUUUCUUUUAAUUUGAAUGUAUGGUUUGUUUUGUUACUCUGUGUAUUGCUGGCCACCACCAUAUGGAUUUUGGCUCACUGUUGCACUCGCCUUAAGCUAAUCCUGUCUCUACUUCGUGGACAACAGAAAAAUUGUGAGAUUUUCAUAGAUUGUGAUAAGACAUGUUUCAUAAUUACAUAAUUACACAUCAUUAUGGUGAAAGUGUCCUCCCUUCCAAACUGCCAUGUUGCUCGUGCUCGUCUGCCUCCACCAUUCUCUACCCUCUCAGCAUGCUGAGUUGGCCAAAAAUCAGCCAACAAGGGCUGACUAAUGCCAGCAGCACAGGACACACCACAGAAACUGUAGGGCAAGACACUCAGCGAUGACCUGACAUUAACCAACAGCCAGCCAUGGGCAAGGUGUGUCAGUGUCCUAACAUCAGUCCAAAACCUUCCAUAGGUGUUCAUCUGGGUUUAGAUCUGGUGACGUUAUUUUCAUAUUUCACCAAAUUAUUUAGCACUAGUGCAUGGAACCAUCUGCAGUUAAUCUGUUUCCAGUCUUUUAUUCAGGUUUUUCCUUUAUUUUGUUCCCCGUCCGUAGAUCCUUCUGUUAAUAUAACACAACUGUUGUCAGUCAGUUUUAAUGCUUUUGCCUUCGGCAGGUCAACAGAUAGGAUCACUGUGGUGUCGCUGAGCUGGCAGUUUAACUAUCUCACUUUAUGAUUUGUCACUGUUGAGUUUUGCGUAAGAAACCACGACGACUAGGUGCUCAGUGGUGAUCAUAAGUCAACUGUUAGCAGAGGUAACGCCCCCUAAACACUAUAUACGAGCAGGUUUUGUGACGUGUGCAGAGACUCUGGCAUAUGCCCAGGACUGGAGAGAUGGCACCAAAAAAGGUUGUAAGAAGAAGUUCUUUAGUAGUGAAAUUGACAUAGGCUCACUCAUAAAAAAACUUAAAGUAAAUGUGAUUUCAGGGAAAUGUAUUUAAGUAUUAAAAGUAAAAGCAUGCAUGCAAAAAGGUUUAAAUAAACUUAAUAAUUCAAAAUGAUUAAAAUAAUUAAAAGAAAAUGUAGCAAUGUCCUCAUACAUUAUAUAUGAGAAGCUGGAGCCAUGAAUUGUCUUUUGCAUGAAAAAAUGACUUUCAGGAUGAAAAAAAAUAGUUGCCAAUUAUUUUUAAUUGACUUAUUGUUUUAGCUGCACUUGUGUACUUUCAUAUGGUUUGUGCACAAAAAAUGUAAUUUGUAAAGUACUUAUAUAAUAAUAGUUGUGGAUCUGAACUUCAGCAAAGUAGUUGAGUAAAUGUACCUAGUUACAUUCCAGCACUGGUCAGCAGAGGGAUGCGCAG